GCGCCACCUGGCUCAGUCUGGCCACUACAUUCAACGAUGGCUGAUGUGAACGGUGUAGAGCCGGAACUCUCAAGGAAGAGGCUGAGACAUGAGCCAUACAACAAAGUAACAGUGGUGCUGGGAGCACAAUGGGGUGACGAAGGUAAAGGGAAGGUGGUGGACAUGUUAGCUGGCUCCUCUGAUGUGGUGUGCAGGUGUCAGGGAGGCAACAAUGCUGGUCACACAGUAGUGACUGGAGAUGCAGAGUAUGACUUUCACAUUCUGCCAUCUGGUAUUAUCAACACCUCAGCUGUGUCUGUCAUAGGUAAUGGUGUUGUAGUGCACCUUGGUCAAAUGUUUGAGGAAAUAGAGAAGAACGAAGCAAAAGGUUUGAAAGAUUGGGAGAAACGACUUAUCAUAUCUGAUAGAUCUCACAUUGUAUUUGAUUUCCAUCAAAGUGUAGAUGGCUUGCAAGAGCAGGAACGUUCUAUGGAUAAUUCUGGUACUAAAACCCUGGGCACUACCAAGAAAGGUAUUGGCCCUUGCUACUCCAGUAAGGCUGGGAGACAUGGGCUUAGAAUGGCAGAUCUUCUGGGAGACUUUAGUUUGUUUGAGCAAAGACUGAGGAACUUAGUUGAUUCGCACAAGAGAAUGUUCCCUGAACUGCAGGUAAAUGUUGAAGAGGAAGUUAGUAAGUACAAAGAUUAUGCUGAGAGAAUGCAGCCCUUGGUAGCCAACACACUUGCUUAUAUUCACAAGUGUCUUAAGGAGAAUAAGAAAGUGCUGGUAGAAGGAGCUAAUGCGGCCAUGUUGGAUAUUGACUUUGGUACUUAUCCAUAUGUGACCUCAAGUAAUUGCAGUAUUGGCGGUGUAUGUACUGGACUAGGCAUUGCUCCUCAGUACAUUGGUGAAGUGUAUGGGGUAGUAAAGGCCUAUACUACUAGAGUGGGUGUUGGACCUUUCCCUACUGAGCUUCAUGAUGAUACUGGAAAAUUACUGCAGUCUCGUGGGGGUGAAUAUGGAGUAACCACUGGGAGACCAAGAAGAUGUGGCUGGCUGGAUGCAAUGCUCUUGAGUCACUCCAAUAUGGUGAAUGGCUACACUGCUAUUAUUCUUACCAAGUUGGAUAUAUUAGAUGAGCUAGAAGAAAUCAAAAUUGGCGUUGGCUACUUAAGAAAGAAUGGAGAAAGAAUUGAACACUUCCCAGCAAAUAUGGGUGAAUUGGAGGAUAUAACAGUUGAGUAUAUCACCAUGCCAGGAUGGAUGCAAGAUACCGCUCAGUGCCGCACUUACGAGGAGCUCCCACAAAAUGCCCGCAGUUACGUUGAAAAGAUAGAGGAGCUUAUCAGUGUACCAGUGAAAUGGAUUGGUGUUGGAAAAUCGCGUGCCUCUAUGAUCACAGUCUUCUAGAGGUUUGACUCCUGUCACCAAAAGAAAUUUGGAAAAUGAAACAAAAUAUCAUGGAAGAACUGCAGUGUUACUAAAGUAGAGAUAUCUGUAAUGUUUGCAUAAACCUUGAACAGAACCACAUUACAGUUAAAGGUUUAUUCUCGUCCGGACUUCUGUAUAUUAUUAAAUACAAAAUAUUUGAAAAAAAAAAUGUUUUUAAUUUUCAAAAUAUUUUGUUUUUCAUUUCAAAAGAAAACAAAAUCACAGGAUACUUUUUUAUAUUAAUAUUUUUGUCAUAACUAAUUGUCUUUGGUUAAACUACAGCACUAAUUGAAGAGUAAGUUUGAUGUGUCUUACUGGUAAAUGCUAAACCAAUAAUCACAGUUGACUUGUUGGACAAAAUAUCAAAAUCUAAAUUUCUAAGCAUUCAUCUGGUAACAUAUUUGAAGUCUUCUUUUCUUUCCUUUGAUCUCCAAUUUUCUUUGCAGUUUCUUCAUACUAUACCAUAGCUUGUGAUAGAAGAAUAUUCAUAUUUUUUAUCAUGAUAUUAAAAUUUACUUUUUUUAUCUUUUCUGUUCGAAGAUUAAUGUUUCCCCUUUACAUGUCAAAAAACUUUAUUUGGAUUGGUCACAGACAAUAAGGCCAGAAUUUCCAACAAAAGCAUUGUUGUUAAUAAACACCUAAAGCAGGUUUAAUGUUGGCAGCCUGCAUCAAGUAUGCUGGUUUACACCUGAAAUUAUGAUUUCAGAGGUUGUAAGGAGCAUUUCUAUAUUGGGGCCACUAGAAACAUGACUAGCACUCAUUCAUAUCUCCUUGGUCACAGUCACAACUGUCACAUGCUAUUAUUACACUUAUUAUUUUCCUUUUUACAUUUAGUAAUUUAUACAGAAGAAGGGGUUACUAGUCCUUGCUCCUGGCAUUUUAGUUGCCUCUUACAACAGGUAUGGCUUUCGGAGGAAGGAAGGAUGUACUGACUGCAGUUAAAAACCUGGAAAGAGCAAUUGAGAAGGAAGGGGCUAUGGUUCAUUGCCUGUGAUGUGCUCCAGAUCCAGGGAACUAGAGCUUUCCCUCAAUUCCUUGGAUCAAAUCUGAUUCUAUUGAGGCAGUAUAUAACCCCUACAGGUUUAGCACUUUUACUCAUGAAUAAUAUAAUAAUCUACUGGUAUGCUGCUAGUCUGAGAUUGAUACAAGUAAAAUACUAAUAUAAUUAAAUUAAUUUCUAAAUUGCUAUGGGUCAAGUAACAGUAUAAUGUUGGUAAAGGAUUUAAUCCAACACUGUGGGUUCAUAUCAAUGCCACCCCAAGAUGCUAAGGAUUGUGCUGCCAACUGGACCACUUUAAAUGGUUUCAUGACUCCUUGAUGCUGGUGAGGGGUUCUUAAUCUAAGGAACUGGACCUGUGCUUGAAUUCUUUGAAUCGAGUCUGAAUGCCUUUCACUCCCCAGGUGCUGUAUGACCCCUUCACGUUUAGUGCUCUCCCCUGAAUGUAAUUUUUUUUUCAGAUUUUACAUUGCUAAAAUAAUUUUGAAAACUUUCACUAUUCACUAUCAUCCCACAGUAUAUUUUACACCUGUAUAGUUUCCCAUAUUCUAGUAUGUGAUGUGGUCAGAUUUUUUGCAUUCUCCUUGAUUGUUGAGUACCUUGGAUGUCUCCCAUUGCCUGUCUUAGCCAACUGAACCUGUUUAAAAUUUUAGCCAUUUUUGGGGGGAGCUUCUAGACAAACCCUUUGUCUUCAUUCAACCCUGAUCUUGUCUAAGCUAAACUAUGGAGACCAAGUAUGAUGCAUUCCCUCAUCCUCUUCAACUGCUCUUUAAUAGCUGUAUGACCUUACAUGGGAAAUGGAGAAGAAUCUUUCCUCUGUAAGCCAUGUAUGCUGUAAUAGGUGGCUAAAAUGCCAGGAGCAAGGGACUAGUAGCUCCUUCUAAUUGUAAAUAGAAAAAAAACUUGUUUCUUCUUCUUUUGGGUCACUAUACCUUGGUGGGAGACUGCUAGUGUGUUUAAAAACAAAGCUAUGAAUACGUGAGUGACCCACAUAGAUGUGAUGUUUCAGUCCGACUUGGACCACGGUGCCCCGUGGCCUGGUGGCAAAAGCUCUUGCUUCACACAGUGAGGGGUCCGGGUUUGAUUCCCAGGGAAGGGGUGGAGACAUUGGAUGUGUUUCCUUACACCAGUUGUCUUUGUUUACCCAUCAGUAAAAUGGGUACCUGGGUAUUGGUCGACUGGUGUGGGUUGCAUCCUGGGGCAAAACUGACCUAAUUUGCCCAAACUGUUCUGCAUAACAAGUGGUUUUCUAUAUAGUAGUACAUAUGUCAUUGAUGUCAAGCUAGGCUUGUAUACCUUGUAUGUGUACUUGUAGUAAAUAAAGAUCUUAUUAUUAUUAAUUUGA